UUAGAGGGAGAGAGGGCCUCUUGGAGGGAGAGAGAGCAAACUGGUUGUCUACAUCGAUGACUCUACAACUAAUUUGUUUGCUUCCAUUACUAAAACCCACCUCCAAAAAGCUGUUAUCUCCAUUACCCAUUCUCCAUUAGUAGCACCCCAUGACCUCAUUUUCUCUCUCUUGAAGAAAUGCGUGAAAGCACCCCAACUGAAACAGAUACACGCCAUCAUGUUCAAAAUUUCUCUUUCUCACGAUUCUUUUGCAGUAAACCAAUUCGUCUCUGCCUGCUCGAGCACAGGCUCAAUGGACUAUGCAAUUUCCGUGUUUGCCCAUUUGCAAAAGGCCAACAUAUUUGUUUGGAACUCCAUGAUCAAAGGCUUUGUGCAUUGGCAUUCUUAUCAAAAGGCCAUUUCCAUGUACAAGAAGCUCUUGGUUUCCCCUGUUUCAGCAACCAGUUACACUUUCUCUUCUGUGAUCAAUGCUGGCACCCAAGUAUUGGGCUUGAGCGUAGGAGAAUCCAUUCAUGGCCAAGCUUUGAAAUGGGUUUUGAAUUCUCAGGUCUUUGUUGGAACUGCGCUGAUCGAUUUGUACUCAAAUCGUCGUGAGAUUUGAAAUGAUCGUAAGGUGUUUGAUGAAAUGGAGUCUAGGGACGCAGUCACUUUUACCAUGAUGAUUUCAGGUCAUUGCAAGAUUGGUGAACUGAGUUUUGCUCAAGAACUCUUUGAUGCCAUGCCUGAGAAAAACACAGCUUCAUAGAAUGCUUUGAUUGAUGCUUACUCAAAGGGUGGUGAUAUAGAAAAAGCGGCUUCACUCUUUGAUGAAAUGAGUCAUAAGGAUUUGGUUUCUUGGACCACCAUGAUCUCGAGAUUUUCAAAAUAUGGAAGGUUUAAAGAGGCUAUAGCUGUAUUCCAAGAGAUGGAGGCCCAAGCUGUGAGCCCUGAUUCAGUAACCAUGGCUACAGUAAUCUCAGAUUGCGCACACCUAGGGGGCCUUGAUUUAGGGAAAGAGAGACAUAACUAUGUUAGCUGAAAUGGUUUCAAUCUUGAUGUCUUUAUAGGAUCCUCUUUGAUCCAUAUGUAUGCAAAGUGUGGGAGCUUAGAGAGAUCCCUUCUGGUUUUCUACAAGCUCCAUGAGAAGAACCUCUUUUGUUGGAACUCAAUGGUCGAGGGGCUCGCCAUGCAUGGACAUGACAUGCAAGCCAUCAAGCUCUUUGAAAAGAUGGAAAGAUCAGGAGUUAAACUAAAUGGGGUGACCUUUGUUGGGGUUCUCAGUGCUUGUGCCCAUAUAGGUCUUGUCGAAAUAGGCCGAAGAUACUUCUAUGGGAUGACUCAUGAGCAUGGCAUUAUGCCAUGGAUUGAGCACUAUGGCUGUAUGGUCGAUCCUUUAGGGCGAGCAGGUCACUUAGAGUAGGCAGUAAGGCUCAUGGAAAGCAUGGAAAUGGAGCCUAAUGCAGUGAUAUGGGGUGCUCUUUUAGGGGGUUCUAAGAUUCAUGGCAAUGUCGGUUUGGCUGAAAUUGCAGUCAAUAAUUUAUUAGAGUUAGAGCCUGGUAAUAGUGGGUAUUAUAUGUUAUUGGCAAAUAUUUAUGCAGAGGAGAAUAGGUCGGAUGAGGUUGCGAGAAAAAGGGAGAGAAUGGAUUCAACUGAAAUAAUGAGAGAUAAUAGUAUGACCUUCAGGAGUGUAUUCAGAGCCUUGGAGACUUCUGAAGAGGAUAGACAUUGCAUGUGGAAGGAGAUUCAGCAAGUGGCAUUAAGUGGUGCAAAGAACUUUGGGAGACACCAUGGUAUUGGAGGUUAAUCAUGGAUAAACAAGCUAAUCUACCUCAAAAAGGCAGUUUCUUUUCGAGCACAUAACAACAAAAAUGAAGAAGCUGGGCUAAUUAAGAAAAAUAGCAGCGAAAAGGAGGGAGACCAUAAUAUUGAGGGAAAUAUAUAAGAGCAAGGAGACUCAUAUUGAGCUCUUCUUUGCUCAGUGCUCAAUUCACUGCCUAAUCACAUGCUGGGCCUUUACUUUGUAAAUUGCAUAUACCCAAGCCUCAGAUUUAUCUCUCAUUAUCAACAAUAUUAUUUAUUACAAAGGAAAAAUGUUACUUCUUUAGCUUCCUUUCAUAAAUCCAAAUGCUGUUUUAUUA